CUGUCACAGUCACAGCAAGUGGGAAUGUAACAUUGAGAGAGGGAGGAAGAGACCUUAUGUCUUUUGAGUAUUUAUGUAUAAAUUGAGUGAAUGGUUGUGCGGUUGCCUGUUUAUCUGUAGAUCAAGGUACACCUUUUGCAGUGUCUUUCAGCAUUUCAGUGUAUGUCUAUAAAUGCUAGGCUUACCGCCUCUGACUAUCUGCCCCAAGAUAUGGAGGACAAAGACUCUUGUCAACAAAAACUAGACAAUCAGCAAUCUCUACUGAUCAAGAAGCAACAGAGGAGGAGAGCUGACUCCCAGAUGGUGAUAGCAAACCACGAUGCCUGGACCAAGAACAGGAGGCAGAAAGCAAGAGCAGAGGACACUACACCUCUUCUCAGCCAGUCACAGAGGAGAAGCUUUCUAAAUGGCCCUCCGCUUGAACCGUUUCCUGAUGUCCCCCUGGACACGAUAAAUCUUGGUGAACUCAACAUCACACCUAAGACAGUAAGAGAGGAAACAACAAUUCCAGAGCCCAUAAUUGCCAUGAAAACAGAAUUUGAAAGUGACAGCCUACCAGAAGGUGAAAAAAUGAAGAAAAAAUGCAUUAAAAAAGUGUUGGAAGAGGAUGACGAGAGGAGGGGUGAAAAGAAAUGUUUAAAGAAGGAAGAAAAGCCACAACCCUUGGAUGAAAGACGGAAGAACAACAUAAAAAAAGAACAAGCAAGGUGCCAAGCUGACACCGAUGGUGCUGAAGAGAAUGAAGAGCAAAACACAAACAUAAAAACUCAGAAAAAGACCAAAAAGCGACAAAAGAAUGAAAAUCUGGCACUUCUCAACAGCAAUUGUCGGAAUUCUUGCUCUGACAGUGUCUCCAUUAGAACGUGUCAGUCCUCUCCCCUGUCCGUUGAAGAUCUGGAACAGUUUUCCCUACGCCCUGCUCCCAGAGACUUAACAAUUCAAUGCAGAAUAACCCGGGAUAGGAGAGGCAUGGAAAAAGGAAUGUAUCCCACUUACUACCUCCACAUGGAGAAAGAGGAUGGAAAGAAGGUCUUUUUAAUGGCUGGUAGGAAGAGGAAAAAGUGCAAAACUUCAAACUACCUCAUCUCAGUUGAUCCAACCAACUUAUCCAGGGACACAGACAGUUAUAUAGGCAAAUUACGUUCCAAUGUGCUGGGAACAAAAUUCACAGUAUUUGAUGGUGGGAAGAAUCCAGAGAAGAAACCUUUUAUCAAAGAAACAGAAUCACUUCGCCAGGAGCUCGCAGCAAUCUGUUAUAAGAAGAAUGUGCUGGGGUUCAAGGGCCCAAGGAAAAUGACUGUCAUAAUUCCAGGCAUGAGGGAGAAUGAUGAGCGAGUCAGUAUUUGCCCCAAAAAUAUCCUCUCAAGCUCUGUCAGGUUGGAUGGGGAGCGUUGCUGCACAGCUAUUUUAAGGUUUCUCCAGAGAUGUUAGAUCGGGUUCAAGUCCGGGCUCUGGCUGGGCCACUCAAGGACAUUCACAGACUUGUCCUCAAGCCACUCCUGCAUUGUCUUGGCUGUGUGCUUAGGGUCAUUGUCCUGUUGGAAGGUGAACUUUCGCCCCUGUCUGAGCUCCUGAGUGCUCUGGUGAAAAUUUUCAUCAAGGAUCUCUCUGUGCUUUGCUCCAUUCAUCUUUCCCUUGAUCCCAACUAGUCUCCCAGUUCCUGCCACUGAAAAACAUCCUCACAGCAUGAUGCUGCCACCACCAUCCUUCACUGUAGGGAUGGUAUUGGCCAGGUAAUGAGCGGUGCCUGGUUUCCUCCAGAAGUGACGCUUGGCAUUUUGGCCAAAGGGUUCAAUCUUGGUUUCAUCAGACCAGAGAAUCUUGUUUCUCAUGGUCUGAGAGCCCUUUAGGUGCCUUUUGGCUAACCCCUUGCGGGCUGUCAUGUGCCUUUUACUGAGGAGUGGCUUCCGUCUGGCCACUCUACCAUGAAGGCCUAAUUGGUGGAGCGCUGCAGAGAUGGUUAUCCUUCUGGAAGGUUCUCCCAUCUCCACAGAGGAACUCUAGAGCUCUGUCAGAGUGGCCAUUGGGUUCUUGGAGACCUCCCUGACCAAGGCCCUUCUCCCCCGAUUGCUUAGUUUGGCCGGGCGGCCAGCUCUAGGAACAGUCCUGGUGGUCCCAAACUUCUUCCAUUUAAGAAUGAUGGAGGCCACUGUGUUCUUGGGGACCUUCAAUGCUGCAGAAUUUUUUUUUGUACCCUUCCCCAGAUCUGUACCUCGACACAAUCCUGUCUCGGAGGUCUACAGACAAUUCCUUCGACUUCAUAGCUUGGUUUUUGCUCUGACAUGCACUGUCAACUGUGGGAUCUUAUAUAGACCGGUGUAUGCCUUUCUAAAUCAUGUCCAAUCAAUUGAAUUUACCACAGGUGGACUCCAAUCAAGUUGUAGAAACAUCUCAAGUAUGAUCAAUGGAAACAGGAUGCACCUGAGCUCAAUUUUGAGUGUCAUAGCAAAGGGUCUAAAUACUUAUGUAAAUGUGUUUUUUAUUUUUAAUAAAUUUGCAAAACUUCUAAAAACUUGUUUUCACUUUGUCAUUAUGGGGUAUUGUGUGUAGACUGAUGAGAAUAAAAAUGAAUUUAAUCAAUUUUAGAAUAAGGCUGUAAUGUAAAAAAAUGUGGAAAAAGUGAAGGUGUGUGAAUACUUUCUGAAGGCACUGUAUAAAGCUUUAAAUAGGAUACCCCCUAAAUGGACAAGGAUUGGCCAGAUUUGGCAUGUGUGCAAAGUGGUUAAUGUUCACUCUUGAAUAGUGAAGUUCAUCACUACUGCGUGAGGUUGACCACCACUAUUUUCUCUUUGUCUUUCACCUCAACUCUUUCUUUA